AUGGACGAUGAUCCAAGAACUGGAUACGGGAUGUAUGAAGUAGAAAGUGUUGAUCCUAAAUCCUUGACAUGGGGUCCUUGGAUAUGGUAUCAGACUACUACUGCUGGGUCAAAGACACUGGAAGUCUGUGAUUAUCUGGGAGAAUCGUUGGCUUCAUUUUUUGGCAUUACAACCCCUAAGUACCAGUUUGAGAUAGACCACUUAAAUCAGCUGGUGCCUGAGGAGGAGGCUUUAAAGAAGGAACAAGACCUGGAGAUGGGAGGAUGGGUGACCAAGUCAGCUGAAGAGCAGACAGCCACUGGGGUUGCACCAAGCGUUACUGAGCCUCCUUCCACACAGAGGACACUUUGAUGAUUCUCCAUGCCUUCUGUGUCUGAAAGAUUAUUUUUAUUCUACAAUUGAAAAUUUAAACAUUUUACUAACAAUAUAUUUAAACUAUUAACUUGUAAAUAUUGUGUCUAAUUAUUUUUUUUCCUUGUAAGUUAAAUAUGUAUGUAAAGGAAAGUGUUGAUUUGUAUUAAAAAAUAUUAUUUAUUGGUCAUAUGCUGUACUGAGCUUGGGCCCCUACAUAGUCUAAUUUGGUUGUCCACAACUAUCAUGCAAGAGAUUAGGUUCAGAACAAACUAUUGAUGUUGAUAUAACAUAAAUAAUAAGCAACAAGACAUGGGUGUUGAACAUUCUGCACAAUGUGAUCUUUUACAAUUAUAGAUAUAAUUUAUAUUAGAAUAUACUUACAUAUAAGGUAAGUGUGGUCAUUUUUUUCUGUGUAUUCUCUGCUGUGAUAUUUAUAGUACAUGCAUAUUUUACCACAAUGUCACUUUACUGUAAUAAAAAGUUUUACAUUUUGA